CAGAACUUUUCCGCAGUAAUUGGUUGCUAGGAUACGUAUCCACCUUAUAUGACAACAAACAAACACACACAGUGCAUAUUAUUUAUUGUUUUCUCCAACACUCACUUUCAUACUGCCAAACAAUGGACGAGUACUUAACAUGUUUUUUUAUACUUUUAUACUUAAUUAAUUAUGUUAUGAGUGACUCUGAUGAUUUUAUAUUUGAAUAUUCGAAUCCCCAAGAGUGUAGCCGCAAUGAACUGUUUAUCCCUCACAAUUUUACGUGUCAAAAAUGUCCCAGUAAUUUGAUAUCGUCUGAAAAUCAUUUAGAGUGUAUUUGUGAAAAAAAUGGUAAGCAAAUUACUUCAGAAGAUGGUACUGUGUCCUGUGAAAGGUGCCAAUAUUCGACAAUUCUUACUUCUGAUGAAACCGACUGCAUCUCUUGUCAAAAUAACACUUGUCACUGUUCUAGCAAUCAAAUUAAAAUUGAACGGCAUCACAAUGGAACAUUACUCGACACUUUAAUGUGUCUUCCAUGCCCGGAAAAUUCGUUUCUUUCAAGCGAUAACAGUAAGUGUCUUCCUUGUUCAAUAAUAUUUACAAAAAAUUAUGAAAAAAUAUUUUCUUUAACAAUUUUGCACGAGAGAAUUUUAAAAUACUGCCUGCAAAAUAAUUUAACGGCGUGGAUUAAUAUUAAAGAAAGUUAUUUAAUUAAAUACCAAAGACAAGUGAUUGACAGCUAUUACUUGAGGACUGAGUUACCUGUAGCUCAUCAAUUAUGUCAAAAAAAAAAUAAUGAUGCUUGCGAACAUCUUUCUAAUAUUUGUCUUCUUACUCUUCAAUUUGACAGUUUUCCCUGUAAAUUGUUUUUCGACAAAAAUUUAACUAAUUCUACAAGACUUUUUUAUCCUAAAAAUGAAAAUAACAAAAUUUUGAACCGUAAAAGUAUACCAUUAACUUUUACUUUACUACGCAACCAUACCUUUAGUAAAAUGAACUUUGCUGCAUCAACGUUUUCACUUAAUGGCCAAUUCAAGUCAACAAGUCAGUGGAAUCCUUCAUGUUCUUUCUUCGAAAAUAUUCGCUUCGGUAUUAAUGCCAUUAAGGAAUGUAAAAUAAAUGCAAAAGAGUUGCUAAACUCGAAUAUCGAAAUCUUGACUCCUUAUUUAACGUACUACGAUACUGAAGCUAAAAAAAAAUAUUUGUAUGAAUUAGCGGUUUUAAUAAAAAAUAUACAAUCUAAUGUAAACAACGACAUAUCUCAGUGGCAAUUAUCGAGAAAAUUUUUUACUGUAGACAGUGUAACUGGCUUUGCAGUUACUAGUUCAGGAAAUUCAACUUUUUUACGAGCACCCGAACCUUCUGCGAUACGUUACCUUAAAUCAAUGACUGUGCAGGUUAAAAUGCAAGGAAGAAAUGUACCAGGGAAGAUAUUUCCUCCUUUGAUUAUCAUCGAAUACGGAGAGGCGACUCAUCAAGAUGUGAUUCAAAAUACCGAGCUGACUGUUGAAUAUAAAAUUAGUUUUACUUUAGCUGAAAAAGAAUUUAAAGGAGCUAUUGAAAUUGCAAUUGGAAUUUUUUCGAGUUUAGCAUUAAUCCACGCUGGCCUAAAAACCUGGAGAUAUUGUAAAAAAAAUUGUUAUUCAUUAAUCAAUGUAUCGACGUUACUUUUAUUUUUUAUUAAUUUAUUUGAAGCGAUAGGGAAUGCUUUAUUAUUUGUAUCGACAGCUUCGUGUAUUUAUUAUUUUAUUUUCUAUAAAGGACAAACAGUAUUACAUAUUUUACUUCCGGAUGAUUAUUUUGAAUUGAUUAUUAAGAUAUCAACAGUUGUUGCGUUUGGUGGAAAAGUAAUCGGGGUAUUAUAUUUAAUAUACCGUCAUAGAAAUGUAAACAUUUUUUUUGUUGAUUGGGAACAAUCACGACGUGUUUUAUCCCCAGCUAGUUACGACUCUCCACAUACGUCAUUAAGGAAAUCUUACAGAAAAAAAUUUUACAAUGAGCAUUCUCAAACGAUAUCCGAACUUGUUGAAUCGCGCACUAAAAAUUCAUCGAAGUCAAGUUUAAAUAAUACUAAUAAUAAUAUUAAUAAUUCCAAUGCCAGUUCUCCAAGUCAGCAAUCAAUAAAUCAUAGUAAUUCGUCAGAAGAAUCGUCAGAAGGCAAUAAAAUCCUUCUAAAAGAAAACGAUACUGAAAAUAUCUCAAAUGACAAAUGGUUAGUGAGUGUAUGGAGAAUUUACUUCGUUAUUAGUCAAUGGUUGCGCAUUAAAACUAAAAGAAAAACCAGCGUGUCUUUUCAAAUAUUUUCAACAAUUUUUAUACUUGAGGUGAUUGGACUGAAGAUGUUGGGUCUAGCAGUACCAGACAUGACUAUGACUGAAAAUAAACUUGUGGACGAUAAUUUUACAUUGCAGUAUGCUGUAGGAGUAAUAAUAUAUGUUGUUGUUUAUUUAUUUCAAUUAAUGUUAGUGAAUUUGUAUGAAAAAUACGUUAAGAAUAGUUUGCAGGGGUUUGUUGAUUUGUGUUCGGUCGCUAAUAUCAGUUUGUUGAUUUUUACUGAUGAUUAUUAUGGAUAUUACAUCCAUGGCAGAUCUGUCCAUGGAUUUGCUGACACAGAUCUGAUGAGUCUAAUAAGCGAUUUACAGAGAGAAGAAAAUAAUUUAUGUGCUCACAGAGGCCUCAUACCUGGCACGACUGAACAGACUUUUGUUGUUUGUAUUUCUAGAAAAUUUAGAGUUUUUUAUAAUGCUUUAUUGGGAUCAAUUAAUUCGAAUGCAAGAAAUUUUUCACGACGUCACUUUUCAAAAUUAUCUAUGUGGAAUGAACGUUGUAAAACGCAUUUGAAAUUACGUAAAUUUCUAUGUGGUUUCUUGGAGCAUUGUUAUGUUAAUAUUAAUUACAUUGUCAAAGAAAGAUGCUUUUUAGAAAAAUUAUGUGAUAUUGAACUAGUAGACACUACUGACAAGACUGUUUUUUAUAUAGAUAAUAACUAUUCUUUUGAUACAAUCAUUUUCCACGGCAACGAGUGGGUAUUGGCAACAUUUGAACUGUCAACAUUUUUAUUUACCCUGGUCCUGGGGCAUAAUUACAUUCUAUCGGCAAUUUUUACAAUAUUUUUAUCCCAAUUACUGACGCUACUUGCUAAAUUCAAUCAAAGCGAAAGUAUUUCACGUAAGACUCUGAUCGACGAACGGUUUCUCAUGUAGAAAAGCAAUAAA